AUGCUCACGCUUCUUACGGCUGAAUUAGAACAUGCUGUUAAUCAAUUAUUUGAUGAUAUUCAAGCAAUUGAAGAAAGUGCAGAAGCAGCUCAUGCAUUAUGCAAUUGUCGUGGAAGGGAUCUCAAGUUAUUAACCGCUAUCUUACAAUAA